CAAAGACCCAUAUAAAAAAGAGGCGGUGUAAACAAGAAAACGUACACCAACAGGCGCAAGGCACAAGCGUUAGAGUUCGUAACUGACACCAAAAGUAUAUAAAUAAAUAAAAAUAAAAAUAAAUACCAAUCAAAUAUUCAAUCGGAAGCCCAAAAAACGCCAUCGAAAACGACCGCCAAACGAAAGUCUUUGUUUGCACAAGUUGAAGGAGAAAAAAAAAAAAAAGAAAACUUCCCCUUUUUUGGAAGAGAAAGAAGUAUGAAAUUUAAUAAGCAUUUGGGCAUAUAAAUGUGUAUAUAUGUAUAUAUAUGUAUAUGUAUGGAAAUGAAAUGGAGAGCAGAGGCUUGAAUUCAAGAUUGAAGACUAAAGGGUGCUUGGUAUAUUUGGUGUGUUAUGGAAUGUCUGAGGAAGAAGAAGCAGUGCAUUGAAGAAAAAAGGUUUCGGUUUUAUUGUCGUUUUUGCCCUUUGCUUGGUCCACCUCACCAACCCAUAUUGCGAUCUUUACCAAAAAACCGAAUCCUUUAGUGCUUGACUGGUUUUCUCUACUCAGAGGUCAUGAACUGUUUGCGGGUCUUUGCUCAGAUUGCUCAAGUCUUCUUGGUCUUCUUCUCUCCAAUUGCAUCUCAGACAGUGCAAGCAUUCACUGGAACUUAUGGAAUAAAUUAUGGAAGAAUUGCAGAUAACAUCCCUUCACCCGAUGAAGUUGUUACUCUUCUGAGAGCAGCAAAAAUAAAGAAUGUCAGGAUAUACGACGCCGAUCACAGUGUUCUCAAGGCUUUUAGUGGGACUGGACUUGAAUUAGUUAUUGGACUUCCGAAUCAAUACCUCAAAGACAUGAGUGCCAACGAGGAUCACGCGUUGACUUGGGUUAGAGAAAAUGUGCAGUCAUACCUUCCGGAAACACACAUUGUUGGAAUUGCCAUCGGCAAUGAAGUCUUAGGUGGGGGUGACUAUGAAUUAUGGGGAGCUCUUUUAGGUGCAGUAAAAAAUAUUCAUAAGGCAGUAAAAAGGCUUCAUUUAGCCAAUGUAGUACAGAUCACCACUGCACAUUCACAGGCUGUAUUCGCUAAUUCCUAUCCCCCCUCUUCGUGUACAUUCAAAGAUGGUGUUGUUCAAUACAUGAAACCUCUUUUGGAGUUCUUUUCCGAGAUAGGAUCCCCUUUCUGUUUAAAUGCGUAUCCGUUCAUUGCCUAUAUGGGCGAUCCAGAGAAUAUAGAUAUCAAUUAUGCCCUUUUCCAGUCGACGCAGGGGAUUUAUGAUGAGAAGACUGAUCUUCAUUAUGAUAAUAUGCUUGAUGCUCAGAUUGAUGCUGCCUAUGCAGCUUUAGAAAAUGCGGGAUUUAAAAAGAUGGAAGUUAUAGUUACAGAGACGGGAUGGGCUUCACAUGGCGAUGAGAAUGAAUCUUCUGCCACUGCAAAUAACGCGAGAACUUACAACUAUAAUUUGCGGAAAAGGCUUGCCAAGAAGAAAGGGACCCCUCUUCGGCCGAAGAAUGUUGUGAAGGCAUAUAUUUUUGCAGUGUUUAAUGAGAACUUGAAACCGGGGCCAACGUCUGAGAGAAAUUACGGGAUAUUCAAGGCAGAUGGCACCAUUUCGUAUGAUAUUGGAUUUCAUGGACUUGACUCUUCAUCUGCAGAUUCAUUGCGUUUUUCUCUGAAGUUUAAACAGGAUAUUCGAGCUCGAAGAUGGUCUCAAUGGCACUCCUUUUUAUUACCAUUAAUAUCUUCUUUAGCACUUCUUUUGCUAUUAAGAUAAAAGCAUUAAGCAAAAACAAUUAAUGCCUGCGCAGAGACUCAAAUCUCUUAUAUUGGAUGCCAAAAGAUCAUACUCUAGUCAAAGGGCUUGAGAUUGGCACUAUUUCAUGUCUUCUUCAAUAUUAAUAGUACCAAAAGAACAAUAAUUAUUGUAUUACUCGAAAUAUAUGAGAAAUUACUGAAUAGUUUUAUUCAUCUCAG